AUGGAAAGGCUAUCUCCUAUAGUUCAAGUGGUCCAAAAUGAUCAUUGCCAAAUACGACCUGGUUCAACAGGGUUUAUCUCCUUAGCAACAAAACCGCGCAUGCCAAAAGUUCAAAAGUUGCGCUGGGAAAAAGACAAACGUUCCAUGGAAUGGUUGAAGAGAAUUAGACAGGUCAAUUCAACGUUGGCUCUUGACUCCCAGCCAGAGAUAGUCCUGGACCAAGAGCUCUUUCAUAACCCCAAAUCAACCAAUGAAACGUUAAGGACAGAAAGCAGAAGUGAUACAACCGAUGGAAUUUUUCAUAGCGAGCCGUUUCUCUAUGAUCCAGAAAUUGCGGAUAAUUCUCAGGGUCGAAAACCAGACUCGGCCUAUAUAAGUCAAAUUAGCAAGUCUAUCUGCGUGUCUGCCAAUCCUAAAGGAAAUUGCGACGACUUUGAUGGUAACCUUACUUCUGUCAUGGGGUACUCUUCAAGUUACGAUCAAGUUCCUGAAAAAAACUCGUCGCCACCGGGCGGUUUUUUUGAAUCAAAAGACAACCAAAAAGCCAAACGAAAAACCAGUUUUGAGUACAUACAGGGAGUUAGCAUGCUUCAAUACGGACACAAUUCAGAGGAAUUUUGCAGAUGAAAGUCGCUCUUCGAUGCAUAAUUACAAGUGUUACAUAAAAUCUCGAAUUCUCAACCAGCAUGUAUGUCAAGCUUCCAAGCAAAAGCUUCAAUCCAGAGAGUGGAGAAACGCAUAUGAAGCGUUACGGUAUGUUUUCCUCUCAAUGAACAAAAGCCGAUUUAUAUCAAGAAGAACAUUUUUUAUCGCAGUCUACCAAGAGUGUCCUAAGGCUUGGGCCGCCUUCAUUUCUUACUUAUGAGGUAACCUGAGUUGCCUGGACACGAGAAAGGAGGAUGCAAAUGUUGAGACUAGGAUAAAGUAUUCACUGAAAAUCGCGUGCCAGUUGCAAAAAAAUAGGAAAGGACCCAUAUCGCUUGCCUGCUUUAAGUCACAAUCAGAGUGUCCUAAGGCUUGGGCCGCCUUCAUUUCUUACUUAUGAGGUAACCUGAGUUGCCUGGACACGAGAAAGGAGGAUGCAAAUGUUGAGACUAGGAUAAAGUAUUCACUGAAAAUCGCGUGCCACUUGCAAAAAAAUAGGAAAGGACCCAUAUCGCUUACCUACUUUAAGUCACAAUCAGAGGGGUGGAUAUUGCGGCAUUUUUAUGUUGAACCACGGACAAGGGGCAUUUCAAUUUCAAAGAGAAAGUAAGCGAGAUCUUUGGAGAUAUGUCAAUUAUGAGACUUAGAGCACCAUCGGACUUUGGCGGUCAUGCCCGCGAACUUCUAUAGAUAUCAAAACAUUUCCUUAUGGUUUCCAUUCGAGGAGUUUUCUCGAUUGUUUUGAUCGUACGAUUCAGAUGAAACAUCAAGCAUGCGCGUGCAUUAUGUUACAAUUUUAUCAUCUCUAUUGACUGUAUUGUUUUCGUUUUCAAGAGUAUUAAAAGAUGACAACAAUGAAUGUUCGCGUGUCUUUUUUAAUUCAUCACAGCAACCACGUUUUUUUUUCUUCAGAGGGUGUUUCAAUAUGAAAAGUUUAUAUCAAAAUUAGGUCAGGUUUAUCCCAUAUGACCCACAAUCGAAUACGUGUUGAUAGGAGUUCCUCAUAAACAGGUUACUCAGAGAAGAAAACAUAACGUACUCUGUAUAAGCACAUCAUCUUCAUGCAGUUCUUAAACGUGACAUGGGAAAGCAAACUAAACUGAGAAAUAAAUGCGGUGAUAAUAUCCAGACCGGAAAUGCUACGGAAUGCUGUUGACUAGAACAAAGAUAAUGUAUGCAUAAGUGAUUAUCAGCACAAUAACAUACGUCAACCCCCAAACUGACGUAACCAAACCCAAACAGAGGGAGCGUCAUCUACUCAUGACUCGUGUCUGAAAUAUCCCACCUGAGCCUUUGUAGAGUUCAGCGAGCAUUUUUUAAGGGUUCUUAACGGAACUUUCGUGUUGCCCUGACAAUUUUGAGUGCGAAAUCUCGAUCUUCUUUACCAUCACGAGCAGCUGAAGCCAGCAGUGACUGAUCAGGUAAGAUAUUUUCUUGCUUCAUAGCCAUGAGCAAUUGACGUGCUCAAUAUCGUGAUUGUACGAUUCGUGUAAUUGUGUCAGUUUCCUUUAUAAAAAAAGAAAACUAACCAUUUCGACUGAGUCACGAAUUCUCGUUUGUUAAGGGUGUCGUGAGCGGUUGCGGCAAAGGAUGUUCGUCGUGAAAUCGUGUCGUUGAUGAUAGCAACAUUUGAUUGAUCACAGUUGACUAGAAAUCAAUUUAACGAUUUUAAAGAUCCUUGCUUUUACCAAUAUAUUGUGAUUAUAGGGAAAUAAAAGCUUGUUCUAUCAGAAAUGCUUGACAUUAAAAUAUACCUGAGGACUACUGUAUUUUCCUCAGCUGCAAUUUUUAUGUAAAAAGUAAUCAAUCAUUUUGCGUGACAUAAAUUCAUUACCCAAAGCUAUAACAGAAGUCAACAACAACAACAACGUCAAGCAUGAAUGGACAUACUCCUUGAGAGUGGAUUAACUUUCAACUUUAUUUCACGUUUCCAAACCUAAUCUAUAAAAGAUCAUAAUUACAACGCAGCAAGCUGACAGACUGCUAGCAAAACAAACAAGAUCUUUCGCUUAUCUCUUUUAAAGUCGAUGCAUAAUUUAGAUAGAACUACCUGCCUCCAUAUGGUAUACUGAGUAGUGCAAAUAGAAAUUAACUAAGCCAACGACCUCGCAAAAUUUUUAAACAUUGAAUUAAUUUUUCAAAUGAAAUUUUCAUUUGUUUAAGCGCCAAUCGCCACUUCGGGCGAUGACCUCUGAAUAUCUAGCAUCGUGUUCUUAAAUUAUGUCUUAUAUGAAAUAUUUAUCACGGCAGGUAGAUUUGGAUGAAUCAACAUAAUAUAUUGUGUAAGGGCAUUAGUUGUGCAUGUAAUUUGGCUUUAUCGCUGACAUAAUUCUAACUAUGCUAGCUCUUGCGCAAGCUGCCACACCAGGCUUUUUUAAAUGCAGGAUACUUCCCCCCUUUUUAGUUUGUUAGGAAACUUGUGUUAAAAAAAAAUAAAGAUUUAAAGGAAUAAUAAAAACAAAUUCAGAGAGAUUAACAAUGUUGGCAGGUAAGAUAUUUUCUUGCUUCAUAGCCAUGAGCAAUUGACGUGCUCAAUAUUGUGAUUGUACGAUUCGUGUAAUUGUGUCAGUUUCCUUUAUAAAAAAAGAAAACUAACCAUUUCGACUGAGUCACGAAUUCUCGUUUGUUAAGGGUGUCGUGAGCGACCUCACAGGAGAAUUAAAAAUAAAUAAAUAUUUUGUUAUUUUUUGUUGUUGUUGUUAUAUAGGCACUAUGGCACGAAGGGUACCUGUGGCUGAAGACAACUUCCCGCUCCCAGGCACUGUGCCUGAACGUGAUCUAUAUCUUCCGAACCGUGAACUUCAAAGUGGCCUUGAACUCAAGAGAAUGAUACCGUUCGAGCCAAAGGAAUCACGUACUGCCUCUCACGACGAAGCCGACAACAAAAAGUUACCAUCGAAUUAUGAAAUAUGGUCUGAUUUUGUGAAUAAUACUUCGCUGCAUGGAAUUCGCUAUGUCUUCUGGAGACGCCCUCUAUGGGCUCGGGUUGGUUGGUUGCUCAUUCUUUUAAUGUUCUCGUCAUACUUCUGUUUCACUGUGUACAAGUCACUGCAGAAAUACGUCAAACACCCAAUUAACACCGUCAUUACUCAGAGAUACGUGAAUGCAAUGGAUUUCCCAGCUGUCUCAAUUUGUCCCCUCAAUUCUGUCAGCAAAAAAAAGAUAUACGCCUUAGAUGUUGACGCCGAUUUUGCCAAAUAUGGUUUAAACGACAGCGUAUGUGCAGUUACUGAGUCGACGCGUAACGGGAUGCCAUGUGGAGCAGCCAUGAGUUGCUGCUGCUUAAGUUUCCUGAUAUUCGACGGAGGAAAUCUCGUGCCAAACUGCACAAUACCGUUCGCUCAAAGCCUAAUUGCUGCUCAAAAUACUUCUGGAGAGUUUUUUGAUACUGUUAGAUUUUACAAAAAGUACGGACAGAGUGUUCAAGAAAUGCUUGUGCCUGAGGUUUGUUUUUUUAACGGCGAAGUUAAAAAACAAUGUGGCACAGAUGAUUUUACACCAACCGUCACUGAUUGGGGUUUGUGUCAUACUUUCAACGCGGGUCCGGAGAACAUUAAAAAGGCUGAAAUUGGAGGCCCUGUAGGCGGUUUGAACAUUUUGUUAGACGCACAAAUUGAUGACUAUGCAUUUGCAAGAUUUUCAGAGGGAUUCAGCGUCGUGAUUCAUCAACAGGGAGAAUUUAUUAAUCCUUUGGACGGCAUCAAUGUUUCACCAGGAACAAUGGCAACAAUAAUUUUACAUCAGAAAAGGGUGGGUCCAGAUAAAUUCAUGACAACAAUAAAGACAACGAUAAUGAUGACGACGACAGGAGUUGCAUGGAUCUAAGUUGUUUUAGAGUGCUGUUCGCCAAUAGGAAGAAAGGAAAAUACCUUUAAGAGCCAAAAUGCCUAAAGCGCGGGAAAAUACGGGCGACUAAGUUGUGAUUGGUUUCAGUUUUGCAACUGAUCGGUUUGGAGAAUGUUGCGAGCUUUCUGGACCAAUUACAGAGCGAAGCAAGGCAAUUCCAAUGUAAUGUCAGAUUAAUUUGGAUACUCAAUUGAAAAUUACUCUAUAAAAUCUUAAUUGGAUGAGGUAAACUGGAUCGCUAUCCACACGAAAUAAGGGAGGCACUGAACCCAAAACAACUCCAAUGAGUAGAUUGUGAAAUUUUUUUUUUGAUUGGCUCUUUACUUUUUUCUUUCUUUCCUGGUUCUUUUUCAGAUUGUCAACCUUAAGGAGCCGUACGAAACGAAAUGCAAAAACAAGAAAUUGAAAACGAUAAGUAAUUAUACGAUAACGGGAUGCCAGUUUGAAUGUCUCCAAGAAGCCAUCAUCGAAAACUGCCAGUGCCGUUUUGCAACAUAUUCAGGUGAGCAAACUUUCAUUAAGAUUUUAACUUCCGUUCUUCACCUGCCUUGAUCCUUUCUUUUGUUUGUUUGUUUAAAUUUUUGUGCUCUUAGUCUUAAAGCUUUCCCUUGAAACCACCUCUCUAGCCUGCAGAAAUCGGAUCACGCUCUCUUCAUACACACUUCAAAUUAAUCCCCAAAUGGAAUACACUGCUUAUAGACAGAAUUACGAUGGUUUCCUUAUAACUAUGGAAGUGUCUUACAUUUCAGUGAUACGUUGAAACCGUUUCGAGCGAAAGGGGAAGAGUAGGAGGGAUUGGGAAAAGAAUGGAGACAUUUUAAGUAUUGUAGCUCAAUUUUCAUGUUUUUUUUUUCAGCAUCAACCGUUAGACCAUGCGCCAAAUAUGAUGCAAAUUGUAUCCAAGACAUCACAAGUAAGUGGAGUGCGCUUCCUCCUUUUUCGACCUUUUUUUAGAGUCGUGUGUAAGUCUUUUCAUUUUAUCAUGGGAAAUACGAGAAUAUGUGCGGGCAAGGGAGGAUUUUUCAUCUCACCAUCGAUAUUUGAUCCUGACGUUGAAGUCGUAGAAGUAAGUCUUAACUACAACGGAACACCACCAAGUGCUCCAUGAGCUGGCUUUCGAGGCAUAUUGAGCAGAAAUGCAUAUGAUGUAUGUAUUUCUUUUUCACUCUGCCAGGCGAACUUGAUGCAACAAAAUGUGACUGUCCUAAUCCUUGUAAAGAAGUGAGAUACACUACAGAGGUGUAUUACUCUAAGUUCCCGGAUGCUGGAACGGCAAAUUUGCUCCAGCCCAAUGGAGACGGAAACACGUUGAAGUACUUAAGGUAAGCAACUCGAGUUUAUUAUUAUUUUUAUCGCCACCGUUAUCCAGACUCUCAGUUUUAGAGCUCCACAACAAAGUAAUUUCAUGACGACCCAAUAAGAACUUAACGAUCGCCUGUAUUAAACGCGGGAAGGGUGAGUGACUUUCAGGUCACCGGUGGUGUAAGCUUUUCAUGUUGCUAUUGUGACAGAGGCGUGCGCGUUUUCAGAGCUACAACCUUUGAUUAAAGGGUAGAAUUCUUAACAAACAGGGCUAACUGGUGCGAAAAUGUUGUAGCUUUGUGUACUAGAUAGGGUGAUAAGUUUAAAUUAGCAAGUUCCUACCGUGGUCUUUUGCUUUCCACCCCCAGGAGACGCACGAUCCACUACUUUAUUGAUAUAUUUGAUAUAAGUUGUACAGUAUUUUUUUUUCUUAGGGAAAACACAGUUUUUCUUCAGAUUGGUUACAAAUCACUCAGCUAUGAAUUACAUGAGCAGACUGUUGCGUUUGGAAUUGAGGCUCUGUUUGGUAAGCGGCCUCACUUGGUUCAAUUUUCCUUCUCUUCUUAUUAAUGCAGGAGCUUGUUCAAAGAAGCUCGUGCGACUUGGUUCAAUCUAUUGAGGCUUCGUGUUCACCUACUAAUUUUCGUGAUGUUCCAUUAUAUUUGCUCUUUACGACAAACAGUUGUUGAUACACUUAGAUAGGCUGCAUAUGAAAAGCUUUACUCGCUUUACAUGCCCAGUGACUGCACCCCGAACUUCAGCCUCAAAGAUUGGUUUGAAGAAUUUAUCAAAGAUAAAUAAAUAAAGUUAUUGUAUUAUAGUUCGUAACAGACCGAAAUUAAUAACUAUCAUAAUUAUCUGUUCAUUUUGUCAGAUAUUCACCCAUCUAACCAUUUAGUAAUGUGUUUGAAUUUUAUUCAUGUUUAUUAAUCUAUGUUAUUGCAAGUCUAUUCAUAAAGCUUAUAUCUAUUACACUUCAGGUGAAAUUGGAGGCAAUAUGGGUCUCUUCCUCGGAGGAAGUCUCAUGACUAUUUUUGAAUUUGCGGAUCUGCUUGUGGCCAUAUAUUAUGUUCGUGCAUUUCGCAGAGAAUACCCAACUUAA